AUGAGCUCCGACUACUCAUACGACGACCAGGCCCAGUUCUUUCCCUUCUUCAUCCUCACACUGACAGGCCUGAUCACGCUGCCUGUGACGUAUAGCUUGCUGCAGCCCAGCAAGGACGACUCGCAUCUGGCUCCCCGCAUCAAGACGGACUACAAGACGCGGCAUGAAGGCGUCGUGGCGUCGUUGCGGGCUGCGCAGAAGAGGAAGCAGCGCAAGGUGAAGAGGGCCUUGGUUGCUGUCCUGGGCUGGGCUCUGAUGGGAUUGAUGGCGUAUCUGAUCAUGACGACGGAUCCGGUCGAGAACAAGAUCUGGAACCCGUACGACAUCCUGGGCAUCGCCGACUCUGCCACGGAAAAGCAAAUCAGGUCGCACUACAAGCGACUGUCGGUCAAGUUCCACCCCGACAAGGUCCGGCCCGACCCUUCCAAGAACCAGACGGUCGAGUCCCUCAACGAUCACUACGUCCAGCUCACAAAGGCAUACCAAGCGUUGACCGACGAGGAGGUCCGCAACAACUACAUCCAGUUUGGCCACCCCGACGGCAAGCAGAGCAUGAGCAUCGGCAUCGCUCUCCCCAAGUUCAUCGUGUCCGACGGCAACGGCAAGUACCUCGUCGUCCUGUACACGGGGCUUCUCGGCGUCCUGCUCCCCUACCUGGUCGGCUCAUGGUGGUACGGCACCAAGAAGCGUUCCAAGGAGGGCGUCCUCAUGGAGAGCGCCAACAACCUGUUCCGCCAGUACGACGAGGACAUGGACGAGUCUGGCAUCAUCUGGGCCCUCAGCGCCGGCAAGGAGUUUGACAGCCUGCUCCGGGGCGACCUGGCCGAGUCGGGCCUGUCCAAGCUCGAGUCGCGAAUCUCCGCCCCGGGCGACGCCUCCGCCUUUGCCGCCGGCUUCUCCGUCAAGGACAAGGAGAAGCUGGAGGAUCUCGAGUGCGGCGUGCGCCGCAAGGUCCUCGCCCUCUUGUGGGCCUACCUCGGCCGUGUUGAGCUCGACGACCCGGCCAUGGCCAAGGCCAAGUACGGCGUCGCGCCCAUCGCGCGCUCCCUCAACCAGUCCUUUGCCGCCAUUGCGCUCGCCUUUGGCAACAUUGAGCCCAUCUCCGGAUCGUUCCUUGCCAACCAGCACAUCAUCCAGGCCCUCUCGCCAAAGGCCUCGCCCCUCCUGCAGCUCCCGCACUUCACCCCCAAGAUCGCCAUGGCCGCCGAGGGCGACUCCAAGACGCACAUGACGGUCCAGCAGUUCAUGGACCUCCCCGACGCCCAGCGACGUCGGCUGGUCGUGGGCAAAGGCUUGCUCUCGGAAGAGCAGUACAGGACCUGCGUCGGCGUCGGCAACCAGCUGCCGUACCUGCGAGUUGCCAAGGCCUUCUUCAAGGUCACGGGCGAGCGCGUCAUCCUCCCGUCCUCCCUGGUCACGCUGGUCAUCAAGGGUCGGUUCAUCCCUCCGGGCGCGGAGAGCGUCCCCGCCAUCAACGAGCCGGACCUGGAGGACGUGGACCCCGCCGAGGACGAUCUCGAGGCCCUCAUGGGCCGCAAGGCCAGGACCAUCAAGGGGGCGGACGGCAAGCCCAUCACCGUCGAGGAGCAGAGCAUCCUGCCUCCCCUGGCGUUCGCCCCUCACUACGCCCGCGACCACACCCCCAAGUGGUACGCCUUCCUGAGCGACUCGAAGCAGGGAAAGCUGGCCGUGCCCCCUUUUACCUUUGACCGCUUCGACGCGCCCAUUUUCGACGAGCGGGGCAAGCCGACCUUCAACAUGCAGACUCUCAAGGCGCAAUUCGCGGCGCCCCCCCAGGCCGGGCACUACACCUUUGUCAUGCACCUAGUCUGCGACUCGUACGUCGGAUUCGACACCAAGAUGGAGGUGACGCUUGUGGUGGAAGAGCCCAGCGCGACGGUCGACGUGGAGGAAGCCGACGACGACAUUUCCGAGCCUGACGAGGAUUCCAUCGCUGGUCAGAUGCAGGCCCUCAAGACUGGCCAAGCACCGCAGUCCAGACGAAGAGCGCGGGACGAGUCGGAUGACGAGAGCGGCACAGAGGAAGAGGAGGAUGACACGAGCGACACAAACACGGAUACCGAGGACGAGUCAUAG